AUGAAUUCUUAAAUUAGAUAUAGACCUCCUCUCCCUAAAUUUGAUUAGAAAUUAUUAGAAAAUAAAAAAAUCGAAGAAACUAUAUAGAAGUUUACACUACAGAAAUCAGACAAAAGAAGAUUUAAAUAAGUGAACCUAUUGAUUGAUGAGAUGCUUUAGAAGCUCUCACAAGUUAAUUUUUAAUUCUUAAAUAAUUUAAACCAAGAAAACAUUAAAGUUCAAUGUUUAGAGAUAAUGGGUAAUGAAUUAAUAGAGAAAGUAAAAUCAAAAAAAUAUUCAUCAAUAGCAUGUGCAUUGAUUAUAUAAUCCUUAAGAAUUCUUCUCAUUCCAUUAAGAAUCAAAGAAGUAACUUAAAUUAUUGAAGUGGAUGAGAAGCAAGUACGCAAGAUCUUGAUUCAAUUAAAUUAAUUUAAACCAUUUAAUGAAGAUGCUUUUACAAUAGCUUUUAUGAUUAGAAUUUGUACAUGUAUAGGAUUUAAUCAGAAAUUUUAAACGUUAUGCAGAUUCUUCUAUUCACAUUUAAAGAAUUUGCAUCUUGUUUAAGGAGAACAUGAACAUGUAAUAGCAUCAGUUCUAGUUAAAUUAACAGGAGAUUUCGUAUUCAAAGAAAAAGGAGGAAUCAAUUUACAUACAGUAUCUGAAAUCGCUGGAUGUUGUGAGGUUUCCCUUAAAAAUCUCCUAUAAAAAUUAUCACCUUAUAAUUAAACCAUGUAUGAAUCAGCCUUUGAAUUUUAUUAGAGAACAAAAUGA